GCCUGUUCCCAAUCCCAAAACGUGCACCCGCGAAAUUUUCCCGUUAUGUCUCUCCAUUUUCACUUUAACUAGUGUCUAACACCCAUUAAUUCUCCCUAACAUCCAGGAUGAGGACGUCAGUCAGCGUUAAAAAAAAUUUUAUCACUGUAUCUUCUCGUCGGGUAUUUUUAUUUAUGAUGAUUCACAGCACGCGAUAACUCGUCGACGUGAUAUUUAAAUAUUCAUAACUCCAUCGGUUUGCCUCAAUUAUUUAUCGGUCCAUUGACGAUAAUUCUGAGUGAUGAUGAGCCGAGAUGAGGGCAUGACGAUUUAAUGAGUCGGGGACUUUUGAGUGGUGGAUUCGAAUGUGCUCGCGUUUUUGGAUGAUUAGGUCGAUUUAACUGAUUAAUCGGCCGUUGGAGACAUUCUGUAUUGAUCAUGCUGGUUAAUGUAUCGUGUGUCAUUGAUUUGAGUCUGGAGCGAUCAAAGUUGACUUCCCCAUACGAUAAAGACGCGAUAACAAUGAGAUCCACACAUUGACGGCAAGAAAGUUGGAUUCUCGAGCGGAAAACAUUAUUCGGAAACAUUGAUUUCAAUAAGAACGCUGAGGAGGAGGAUGGCAGAGCUCGAGACGCUGGAUAGCACUGAGUGCUUGGAGUGCUCAGGGCCGCCGCCCGUUUUUCGGCUGCCACCACCACCUCGGCCCCCUUUUCUAACUGAGGGUACUUUCUGCUCUGAGGCACCCCUAGCAGAACUCGAGGACUGCGUUGCCAUUCCCAUGAUUGAUGCAUCCUAUCACACAAAUCCGUCGCUACAGAAUACUGCCCUCAUCAUCACAUGCGCCGUUGUCUUACUAUUAAUGGCAGCCAUUGUCUCCGUUGUAUUUUGGAAGCACAAGAGAAAAGUCCAGGGUUUGUUGCCGUGCAAGAGUGCAGCAGCAGCGGCAGCGGCAGCAGCAGCAGCAGCAGCAGCAGCUAAUCGUCGUAAUCUGGGUGAGGGUCAAACACUUCAAGGUGGAAAUACAACGGGGAGCGGUCUACUGUACGAGGAUCUACCCGAGACAACACCCCACAACCAGCUGCACAAUCACUUAUCAGUGCACAGUGGUCCACCGACAAUAGAGAUGCUCGAUGUGAAAGAGGGUAGCCGAGGUCUAUUCGUAUGUAGCAGUCCUGGACCCGAUCCAUACAUAUCCCAGGACCUCUACAAUCCCGUGUACGAAGAGCUGAACAAUGGGGACCACGAUACAGACGAUGAGAGUGAAUUGAACGCGCGUAAUCGGCUCAAUCAUUACCACCAGUCGCACCCUCGUCAUCACGCAGCAUCAAAACCAGUGAGUGAGGACGAAUUCGCUGAGGAUGAGUUAUCACUUGGUGAGCCAUCAGAAUCAAAAAUCCUCACCUCAACCCGUCCGACAUGGAGUACCUGUCCAACAUCUUCGCGUUUAUCACGCGAGCGUCGCGGAAAGAGUCCUAAAAGCUUAGACAGACGUAGAAAGGAAAAGGGAAAUGAUGUUGGUGAAUUUCAUGAGGGUAUGCUGCUCGACGCACUCCUUCAACUCUAUCCCAACGUUGCGGGUGUUGCUGGUUCACGAACCAGCACCAGUAAACGACAGAAAUCCGUCCCAUCGGUGGCCCACAAACUGCCAUACUUUGUGCCGCAAAUACCAGCGACUCAACCAGUCAGAGUAGACGAGAAUCCUUACGAGAGUGUACCUGUACUGGGUCCCCUUCAUCACUACACAAAUCAAACUAAAACCAACAAUAAAGACAAAUGUCGCUCAGCGAAUUCCACACGUGAGCGUUAUCCAAAGUGUUCGCAAUAUGCUACCGAGUAUUUUGAUCUCCGCAAUCAGGACAAUAUAGCGCCAAUUUACACUCAAGUUGAUGGUGAUUACUCAGAUUCUUAUGCCCAGCCAGCAGAUAGAAUCUACAGUGACGAUAAAUACGAACAGCCAGUUUACUAUAUGUCACGUAAUAACGAUCAAAUGGCGACUGGACGACUAUACCAGGGACUACCGGACAGCAGUUUUGGUAGUGACAGCGGAUACAGUCAUCACACAUCGGGAACAACUGGUACGAAUGGAACAAGAAGCAGUAUUACAAAUAUCAACUACAGUCGUAAAGAGAAACACAGGAAUUCUCAUCAUUCGCACCAUUCCGCUGACUUCAUAUUGUCGUAAUACUAGUCUUUUAUCAGUGAGUCAUAGCAACGAGGCAGAAUAAGGUGAUAAACCACGUACGGAUGGCUAAAUUCAUUGCUUCGUAUAAUUUUUCUAGUGAGUUUUAGGUAUACGAGACUAUUUAAUAUAUGAACAUUUAAUUGCGAGUUGUGGAAAGGCUCAGGUUUGUGCACCAAAGGUUUUUAAAUAAUAAAUGAGUUAUUAUGUGAGUCAAAAGCGUUCAUUAUACUAAAAAUGUAGGGCCUAGAUGGCCAGGAACGACUGUUUAUCGUGUACGAGUAGGUACACUUAGAAGUUAUUUCGAUUAGAUGGGGGAUAUUUCCGUGGAGCGAGGAAAAUGUGAAUGAAUAAAGUGAGAAAGGUGUCAUCAGUCCUGUACAGACACUAACCGUACUUUAAAUAUAGUGUAAAUUGAUUAUUUAUGAAAUUUUUGAGGUGAGAGUCGCUGCAUUGUAUAUAACGAGAAUUGUAGAGAAAUUGUAUCAUACGCGUUGUAGAGUACUUAAUCGAAACAUAUUUAAAGAGGAAUAUUAAUAUAUGAUUUUUAAAUUUUAAUAUAAUAAAAGAUGAUCGACGAUGGUCGAUUCAUAGCGGUAGUUCCUUGAAUAAAAAUUUGUGAUUGUGAUGAUGAAUUUGUUUGAAAAACAUCUUCAUUUGAAUUCAUGGAGAAUGACAUCUUCCUGUUUCUUUCUCGUCAGCAAUUUCCGGUGGAAAAUUUGAUUAUUAUCACUUGACAGCGAGGCCGUCUGAGAGGAAUAAAUUAUAAUACAAUCAAUGAGUGAAUCGAGCCAUGUAUGAGUGAGUUUGUAACAGAAAA